UUUUCCCGCUCCGUCUCCUCGCAGCUCCUGCUCGGUCGCCCGGGCGCUGCUUGCAGGGAAGCCCCUUCCUCGCCUGACUGUGCGUCUCUGUCUGCACCCAGCCCUUCCCCAUCACGUCCCCCCUGGAAGUGACAGGGCGACCUGAAACUGAUCCAGCCAUGGCGACUCCCUCUGCUGCCUUUGAGGCCCUUAUGAAUGGAGUGACAAGCUGGGAUGUCCCUGAAGAUGCCAUCCCAUGUGAACUGCUUCUUAUUGGAGAAGCCUCCUUCCCGGUGAUGGUGAAUGACAUGGGUCAGGUCCUCAUUGCUGCCUCCUCCUAUGGCCGAGGCCGCCUGGUGGUGGUGUCCCACGAGGACUACUUGGUGGAAGCCCAGCUCACUCCCUUUCUCCUCAAUGCAGUGGGGUGGCUUUGUUCUUCCCCUGGGGCUCCCAUUGGUGUACACCCAUCCUUGGCACCUCUGGCCAAAAUUCUCGAGGGCUCUGGCCUAGAGGCGAAGAUUGAGCCAGAAGUGAAAGACUCCCUGGGGGUUUACUGUAUUGAUGCCUACAAUGAAACCAUGACUGAAAAGUUGGUCAAGUUUAUGAAACGUGGAGGGGGCUUGCUCAUCGGAGGCCAGGCCUGGGAUUGGGCCAACCAGGGUGAUGAUGAAAGAGUUCUGUUCACGUUCCCUGGCAACCUUGUGACCAGCGUGGCCGGCGUGUACUUCACUGACAACAAAGGGGACACGAGUUUCUUUAAAGUCUCUAAGAAGAUGCCCAAGAUCCCAGUCUUAGUUAGUUGUGAAGAUGACCUCUCUGAGGACAGAGAGGAGCUCCUGCAUGGGAUUUCAGAGCUGGACAUCAGCAACUCGGAUUGUUUCCCAUCCCAGCUGCUAGUCCAUGGGGCUUUAGCCUUUCCCCUGGGGUUAGAUUCCUACCAUGGCUGUGUCAUUGCAGCUGCCCGCUAUGGCCGGGGCCGGGUGGUCGUGACUGGCCACAAGGUAUUAUUCACCGUUGGUAAACUGGGCCCCUUUCUGCUCAAUGCUGUGCGCUGGCUGGACGGAGGCCGCCGAGGCAAGAUCGUGGUGCAAACAGAGCUGAGGACACUGAGCAGCCUGCUCGCAGUGGGGGGCAUAGACACCAGCAUCGAGCCCCACCUGACCAGUGACGCGAGUGUCUAUUGCUUUGAGCCCGUGAGUGAUGUGGGAGUCAAAGAGCUGCAGGAGUUUGUAGCAGAGGGUGGGGGCCUGUUCGUUGGCGCCCAAGCCUGGUGGUGGGCCUUCAAGAACCCUGGAGUGUCCCCUUUGGCUCGGUUCCCAGGAAACCUCCUCCUCAAUCCCUUUGGCAUCAGCAUCACAAGCCAAAGUCUCAAUCCAGGGCCCUUUCGUACUCCGAAAGCAGGGAUAAGGACCUAUCACUUCCGCUCUACCCUGGCCGAGUUCCAGGUCAUAAUGGGCAGGAAGAGAGGGAAUGUGGAAAAGGGCUGGUUGGCCAAGCUGGGCCCAGAUGGCGCCGCGUUCCUGCAGAUCCCUGCGGAAGAGAUCCCUGCCUACAUGUCUGUGCACCGGCUCCUGAGGAAGCUGCUGAGUCGAUAUCGGCUCCCAGUAGCAACCCGAGAGAAUCCCGUUAUCAACGACUGCUGCAGGGGCGCCAUGCUCUCCCUGGCCACUGGUCUGGCCCACUCGGGAAGCGACCUCUCUCUGUUAGUCCCAGAAAUUGAAGAUAUGUACAGCAGCCCCUACCUGCGCCCCUCAGAAACUCCUAUCACCGUUGAGGUCAACUGCAACAAUCCAGGCACCAGAUAUUGCUGGAUGAGUACCGGGCUCUACAUCCCUGGGAGGCAAAUUAUAGAAGUCUCACUGCCUGAAGCUGCUGCCUCUGCUGACCUGAAGGUACAGAUUGGCUGCCACACUGAUGACCUGACCAGGGCCAGCAAGCUGUUCCGAGGCCCACUGGUGAUUAACCGGUGCUGCUUGGACAAGCCCACGAAAUCCAUCACCUGCCUCUGGGGUGGCCUCCUCUAUAUCAUCGUGCCUCAGAGCAGCAAACUGGGUUCCGUGCCCGUCACCGUUAAGGGGGCUGUGCAUGCUCCGUACUACAAGCUGGGGGAGACAUCCCAGGAGGAGUGGAAGAGGCGUAUCCAGGAGCAUCCAGGUCCCUGGGGAGAGCUGGCUACAGACAACAUCAUCCUGACAGUGCCAACCGCAAACCUCCGAACCCUGGAGAAUCCUGAGCCGCUGCUUCGCCUCUGGGACGAGGUGAUGCAGGCUGUGGCACGGCUGGGGGCCGAGCCCUUCCCUCUGCGCCUGCCUCAGAGGAUUGUUGCCGAUGUGCAGAUCUCAGUUGGCUGGAUGCAUGCAGGCUACCCCAUCAUGUGCCAUCUGGAAUCUGUGCAAGAGCUCAUCAAUGAGAAACUCAUCAGAACCAAGGGGCUGUGGGGCCCCGUGCAUGAGCUCGGCCGCAACCAGCAGCGGCAGGAGUGGGAGUUCCCACCACACACCACAGAGGCCACCUGCAACCUGUGGUGUGUUUAUGUGCAUGAAACGGUCUUGGGCAUUCCUCGAGGCCGUGCCAAUAUUGCUCUGUGGCCCCCAGUUCGGGAGAAAAGAGUCAGAAUCUACCUGGGCAAGGGUCCCAAUGUGAAAAACUGGAAUGCGUGGACUGCACUGGAAACGUAUUUACAGCUCCAGGAGGCCUUUGGGUGGGAGCCAUUCAUCCGUCUCUUCACCGAGUAUCGGAACCAGACCAACUUGCCCACAGACAAUGUUGACAAAAUGAAUCUGUGGGUGAAGAUGUUCUCCCACCAAGUGCAGAAGAAUCUGGCUCCCUUCUUUGAGGCCUGGGCCUGGCCUAUCCAGAAGGAAGUGGCUACCAGCCUGGCCUAUCUGCCUGAAUGGAAGGAAAAUAUUAUGAAAUUAUACCUCCUCACACAGAUGUAAGGAGUGCCCAGCGAGGUGGCAGGCCCCACUGAAACGGAAGUCAAGAAAUGCAAAAGAGAAUUGACACAUCUCAGCAAAGAAACAUGAACGGAUUUGGAUAUAAGUGAAGAGGAUCUCAACACAUUUCUGGAAGAGAGAAAACAGAUGAAGCAUGAUAAUGAAGGAAAGUGAAGGCACCCUUCAGACAGGACAAGAUAACCCCAAAGAGACUUGGGCACCUGAAAAGUCUGUCUGCUAAAGAAUUAUGCCAGUUGUAAAAUUGAACCCCAUCCCAUUCCACCCCAACCCUUGUACACAGAACACAGCAGUCUACAGUUGCUGCCAGUUAAAAAUAUGUUGUUGUUGUUGUUAUUGUUAUUGUUUGUGUAACGGAAUUGAACAAACUGCCUGAGGAGGUAGGAGUUGGUGCAGCAGAAUCAAAUUUCGCUUUUCGUGGAAAUAAGUGACCCCUCUAGCCUAUUAGCUAAUUCUCUGACAGUUAAAACCCCUCCUUCAGUACACAAGUGCUUCUAGUCUUAGAAGAGGCUUACUGGAGAAAUAGAAGAAAUAGACCCAACCAUACAAGAACAGAGGAAACCCACACCAGCUCCUAUCAAAGUCCUCACUUAUUCUGAUUCUUAAAUGCAAACGGUCAGCUAGGAAUUCUCAGACACUGGGCAUCUAGCGGGAUAGGGCAGGCCAGGGGAGAAGCACGUAAGGAAAACAGCAAAUUAGAAUUAGGACAAUUGAAAAUACAACAAACUCUGGAGGAAACAAAGUUAACAUGGAAAAAACAAUUUAAAAAUCUAACCAUAUCUUCAGAGAGAUCUGAGGUGCAUUUGUCAGAUGAAAACAGGAUGCUACAAGAAAGGAAAAACUGAGAAUAAGAAUAACCCUUUGAAAAUGAAAUAAAACUGCCAAAAAUAUCCAGUAGACAAGCUGGAAGAUAAAGUUGAGGGAAUCUCCCUAGACAGAGAGCAAAAAGAUAGAGCAGAAAAUAUGAAGAAAGGAAAGAGACAUAGACAAUCCAUAUCUAACCAUUAGGAGUUUCUGGAAGAGAGAACAUAGAAAAUAUAAGUGAAGAGAUGAAGAGGAAAAGGAUUGAAAACAGAAGAACAGGGGGCCCCAGUACAACCGACAUCUAGACACAGUCUUGUGAAAUUUUCGAAUAUUAAGGAUGGAGGGAAGACGUUAAAAGUACCCCGAGAGAAGGUAAAAGUAGGUCACCAUCAUUAGCUCAACUAAAAAGGCAUGAGAAAUAGACUGACAGCAGAUUUUUUAACAACACUGAAAUGGCAGUGGAGCAAUAUCUUCACAGAUCUUACAGAAAAUUUGUGUACCCAGAAUUCCAUAGCAAGCCAAACUGUCAAGAGGCAAGUCAAAAUAAAGACAUUUUCUGACAUGCAAGUUUUCAGAAAGUCUGCCUCCUUUGCACCCUUAUUGAGGAGGUACCUUGAGGAAGUUCUCCAGCAAAAUGAGGAUGGAAACCAGGAAAAAGGAAGAAAUGGAAUCCGGAAAACAGUGGAUCUCACCCAGAUGUCUCUCACUCUAGAGUGACAGAUAUCCAGCAGACCCAUUUCAGAUGAGAAUGCACAGUCUCAGGCUCUCUGGGAAGAAUCUGCAUUCUGUGCCAUACACAGUAUCAUUGAGAAGCUGAAUGGGAAUAUGGAAGACCUGCAUUCUUUAGUCAACAAUAAAGAAAGGCAAAACAAAAUUAUGUUAAGAAAUUCAGGUCCAAUUAUAAAACAAACACAAAAAAUGCUCAUGGAAUGUGUUUUGAUUUGACAUUGGCGGUAGGUAUGUUUCCUUUCAGGUGGCACAAGCAUCAUGGCAUUGGAUGUAUGUGGAAGAAAAUAUCUUAGCUUCUACUUGGCUCUCAGUAAACAGUAUUUACAUAGCCAGAAUAAUGUAGAUGCUAUUUAUUGGCGUUCAGUGUUCUGAUCAGCCGAUAGACAAACAUGAAAGGCUUAAAUUUUUUAUUCAGAACUGAAAUUGAAAGUAAUUAAUCCUGAGAAGUUAAGGAAAAAGAGAGCAGAAAGAGGUUGACAAUUAGUUGGAGGGAGAGAGGUAGAAGGAAGAGGAGGGCUACUUACCUAUUCAAAGUGGGGAUGAAAGAAGAAAGUCUACAGUUGAUGGAACAAGAACAAGAGGAUUGGCAUACUGUUCAAAGCUAUAAAUCAAGCCAAUGGAAGUAUUAAAAAUGACAUAUCUAUCAAAAAUCGGGGACAGGAUAGGCAAAGGUGGGGAUGGUGUAAGUUAGAUCCUUAUCUUUUGUAAUGAGGAAUUAUUAAAGAUUAUCUAAAGUUAAUAAGUCAAAUUAUUGUUGAAACAUAUUAUUUAAUGUUAGGAAGUUAGUUAUCAAAAGAUCUAAAAAUAGCAAUUGUUAAAUGCUUUGCCUCUAGGGAAUGGGACUAGAGUUAAAAAGCCGGGGGAGGGGAGAGGGGAACCGUGUUUUUGAUUUUAAGUCCUGUACUAUUUAAUUUUUUACCUUGUGCAUGUAUUCAAAAAAUUUUUAAUAAACUCAAAUAA